AAUUUUCUUGGUUUUUAAAAAAUUAUAGUUUUUUUUUUUUUUUUUUAGUAAACUUUUAUUAUUCUUCUCACCUGAUUCCUUCAAUGUUUUACUUUGAAUUCAUUUAAAUUAUUUCUUAGAUCAUUUUUGCCUUUCAGUAAGUCAAUUUGCCAGAUUCAGAGUAUUAAAACAUCUAAUGAAGCAUGGACUUUACCUGCCACUGUUAGUUGAAAGGUUGUAUAAGCAUCUUACUAAGUCAGUGAAACAUGUGUAUUGUUUUAAGGAAGAAGAAACAAGCAAAAGAAGUUGCUAUCGAGUCAGUUUUAACUUGUGGUGACCCCAUAUGUGUCUGAGUAGAACUGAGCCCCAUAGGGUUUUCAAACCGUGACCUUUAUGAAGAAGAUUGCCAGGCCUUUCUUCUGAGGUAACUAUGGGUGAGUUCGAACCUCCAACCAUUUGGUUAGUUGUCAAGCACUUAACUGUUUGUGCCACCAGGAACUCCUUAGGGAAGGAUACUCAUAGGAUAUUUAUAAAAACCCCUAAGUAUAACCUCUAAAAUUAUAAUUCAUUUCUGUGUGAUUACAUUACCCCUGUUUAUAUUUUCUUUAUAGCAAAUAUCACUAUUUUAAGUUAUUUUAUCCAACUAUUGGUCUAUUAAGGUGUUUAUCUCCUCACAUACCCCCAUUCCAAAAGAUACCUUGAGUUAGCAGGACUGGUUAAAUUAUGAUCAUUAUGAUUUUAUUGAAAAAGCCAAGAAAAUGUACUCGACAUACUUUCCACAGAUGUGCUGGCUGGGUAACUAGAUUAACCAGGGAACUGGUGACAACUGAGCAGGGGUCUGAAUGGAGUAAAGCUGGCACACCAUCACCUUGGCACAUACCCUUUCUAGCUACCUAUGCUAUUGAAUAAGGAGUCCCAGUGGUGCAGUGUUUAAGCACUCGGCUGCUAACCGAAAGGUUGUUGGUUCGAACCCAUAAGCCACUCCUUGAAGAAAGAUGUGGCAGUCAGCUUCCGUAAAGAUUACAGCCUUGGAAGCCCUGUGGGGCAGUUCUACUGUGUCCUUCAGUGACGCUAUGAGUUGGAAUAGACUCAACGUUGAACAGGUUUAGUUUUUUAUUUUUUAAUUGUUUUUAGUUUAUGCUGUUGAGUGCUGACUCAUCGUUCCUGCCAGAUUAAACUCUGUUGCAUCCAGCAGCAUUCUACUCUUCCCUCCUGACACCCUGGAGGUGACAUUAAUUAUUUCCAUCUCUAUUUUCUCACAACAGAUUGCUUUUAUCUCCAUUUCAGUACUAAGUUUUGUGCUGUUUGCUAUUACAGGUUUGUUGUUUAUACAUCUGGACCUCCGCAGAGACAGGUGCUUUCUUAUUCGCCUUUGUGUGGCACCAGUGCCUAGCACCAUAUUUCAUAUUUAGUAGGCACUGUGGCUUGCUUGAAUGGAGCCCUGGUGGCACAGUGGUUAAGAGCUAUAGCUGCUAAACAAAAGGUUGGCAGUUCAAAUGCACCUGACGCUCCCUGGUAACCGUAUGGGGCAGCUCUACUCUGUUCCAUAGGGUCACCAUGAGGCGGAGUCCACCCAACGGGUUAGGUUUGUUUUUUUUUGGAAUGGAGCCCUGAUGUCACAGUGGUUUAAAACUGAACUGUUAACCAGAAAGUCAACAGUUGGAAUCCACCAGCCACUCCUUGGAAACCGUUUGGGGUAGUUCUACUCUGUCCUAUAGGGCUGCUAGGAGUGGCUGGAAUGUCUGUUCACUUGGGUUUUCAUUGAAUCUAUCACCUAUCCCUGACUGAAAAUGCAGAUCAGGGAUGUUCUAUCAAACUCUGCUUUUCAAGCUGUGAAAACAAGGCAACCGCUGAGUAUUUAGAAAGGUGGACAGAAUCUCAAUGCUUUCCUUUCUUUUAAAAAAAUAGUAUGGAGAACUCAGCUGGUGUUUCCCAGCCAACACCCCACUCUGAACCACAGAGCAGUUGAACUACACUGUAGAGUAGUUUUGAAUGCGUUCUAUUAAAACUACUCUCUCUUUUUGAAUAUAAAAAAAUGUGAUUAUCUAACUCAUUACCUAUGGAAAGGAGAAGGUAGGAAUGAAUAUUCUGGGAUAUAUGGUAAACCUUAUGAUCAAUUUCUUAUAGUCUGUACCAAAAGAGAGAACAUACCUUUACAAUCUUUCUCCAUUCUUUAAAAUAUUUCUAAGUCUGAACUUGGAAGUCUGUAGCCUGGCAUGCUAAUGCCAUUUCCUACCAUCUGCUGAACUGUUUCUUAUUUAUGGUUUUGUUUCAUCUCCCAGGCAGCUCCAGCCUGUGUUAAUUAUCAUCAACAGCAGAGCACAGGAGGAAUAGAACCCAUUUACUUGUGAACAAUUAUAAGAAUUGCAGUGGACAGUGAUUUGUACAGAAUAUACACCUAUGACCGGAAAAUGCUUCCUAACAGAUUUAUCUUGUUUUAAUUAGUUGAUUUCCUUUUCUUCCUCCCUGUUCCCUGCAUAGUAUCUCAUAAGGCUCUGAGUGCCCAGCACUAUUGUAGUCUCUCUUUCGGCUCCCAGCAGAGUCCUUUUGAACAAUUACUUUGUUUGAUAUGAUUUAAAGGGGCCUGGGAAGCCACUCCAUUCCCUUAUAAACAAUUUUCCCACCUGUUCGCUGCAAAUUUAACAACCCCUGAGUAAGAGAUAAAACUUUUCAUUCUAUAGUUAACGAAGUUUAAACAUCAUAAGAGACUGUGGAAGAAAAGAAUUUGAAUUCAUAUUACUUUAUUUCCUUCCUCUGUCCCUUCCUUCCUCCCUCCCCCUUUUCUUUCAUUUUUUCCUGUCCUUUCUCAUAUAAGAAUGUAUAACCUGUAUCAGACACUGUGGUAGACAUUGAGAACAAUGAUUAAUCCAAAUCAAUCUAUGCUCAAAAACCAAACCCAUUGCCAACGAGUCAAUUCUGACUCACAGGGACACUGUAGGACAAAGUAGAUCUCCCCCAUAGGGUUCCCAAGGCUGAAAUCGACGGCACUGGGUUUUUUUUUUUUUUUAGAUCUUUAUGGGAGCAGACUGCCAUAUCUUUCUCCCAGGGAGUGGCUGGUGGGUUAGAACCACCAACCUUUUGGCUAGUGGCCCACAUUUAACCACUGUUCCACCAGGGUUCCUUCUCUAUGUUCAAGAACUGCAACAAGUUUGAUGUCAUUAUUGCAUAAAACAUGAGAUACAGAGGGACAAAUUAAAAAACUGGGGGAGGCUGGAAUGGGAUCAUAGAAGUCUUAUGGGCCUCAAUAAAGAGCUUAUACAUUCAGAGGGAAGCUACGGACAAAUGGAACACACUGGUUGCCAUUGGCAGAGGAUUUGUGAAAGCAAAGCUGGAAGUAGAAAAUCAGCUAUUGCUUAUGAGACAUGAUGAUGGUCUGAAUCAGGACUAUGAGUAUAGGUAUUAUAUUACUUAGGAGCAUCUAGGAAGCAGAUGCCAAGAUGGACUAAACAGUUUUGAGACUUAUUGGGGAGGGGCCAAGAGAAGAUGAGUAGAGCCUUCAGAUUGUCCUGUAGGUCUGAUACCUGUGAAGGAAAGGGGGAAGGAAGGAGACUAGGGUCAGAAAAGUUUCAAACUCCAGCAUGGUUCCAGCCAAUCGAACACAUCUCCAAGCCAACGUGGACCACGAAAGAAGUCCCACUUCGUGCUGUAAUGGGCCUUGCAUGCUCAUUCACUGAGUGGGAGUCUCCAUGAGAAGCGAAGUCUUCGUACAAAUUUGGUGGUGGGUCCAGAAGGACAACUGCUGGGACUGUUAGUCAAUUAAACUUCCCACAACAGGAGAUCUGAAAGGUCCAUAGUCAUGGCUACUAUAGGGAUAAAAUCCAUUGCCAAGUCCCACGAGGUUUUUGGUUGUACUUAUCAGUCUCAGCAGCUACUUAUUUUUGUCAUUGUUGUUGUAAAUAUAUCUAUCACACAACUUUUGCCAAUUCAACUUUUCACAUGUGUACAACUUAUUGACAGCAAUUACAAUAAUUGGCUGUGCAACCCUACCCUUAAUCAACGUGAUAUUUCCAUCACUGUUAACCUUCCACUUCCCCCUUCCUUGCAAUCCCUGGUAACCACUAAUAAACUUUGUUCUCUAUACAUUUACCUUUUCUUAUCUUUUUAUAUAAGUGACUCCCUUGCCUUGAGACCAGAAUGGAUGGUGCCCAGCUACCCAUUACUAAAUAUUUUGAUCAAAGAUUCCAUAGAAGAAUUCUGAUUGAAAAGGGAAAAAUGCAGAACAGAAUUUCAAAUUCUCAUGGACACCAGGCAUCCUGGAACCAUGAAGUUUGGAUGAAUCCCUGAAACUAUUGCCCUCAGAUAAUCUUUAAAUUUUAAGCCAGAAAUAUCUCCUGAAGUCUUCUUAAAACCAAACAAUAGUUUAGCUUAACUAGUAAAAAAUAUCUGCCUUGAGCAUUAUGCUCUUUUAAGAAUUAUCUACAUGGGAUCAAGUUGAUAACAGUAACUCGAAAGAUCAGAUAGGAAACUUAAAAUCUCUUGCCUUCAAGUUGAUUCUGGCUCAUAGCCAUCCUAUAGGACAGAGGAGAACUGUCCCAUAAGGUUUCCAAGGAGCAGCUGGUGGAUUCAAACUGUCGGCCUUUUGGUUAGCAGCCAAACUCUUAGCCACUGUGCCAUCCUGUAGAAACCUUAGGGAGCAGUAAAUGUAUGUUAACGGGAGAGGAACAACUCAGAAAAGGAGGGUGAGAAUGGAUACACAAAUGGAGGAAUGUAAUAAUUGUCACUGAACUGUACAUGUAGACACUGUUGAAUUGGUGUAUGUUUUGCUGUAUAUAUUCUCAACAACAAGAAAAAAGAUUGAAAAGGCAAGCCAUCGAGUGGAAGAGGGUGUUUGCAGCAUAAAUAACCAACAAAGGGCAUAUGGACAGAUUUUAUAAAGCACUUGUAGAAAUUUGUAAGAAAGAGACUGACAACUCAUUAGGAAAUGUCAAAGACACUUGUACAUGUACCUCAUAAAAGAGGACAUUCAAAUGGACAUUAAAUAUUUAAAGAGGUUACAGUCUCAUUAGUAAUCAGAGAAAUGAAAGUUAAAAGCAAAAUGAGAUACUACCACACACCCACCCCAACUGCUAAAAUGAAAAAGCCUGCCCAUAUCAAGUGUUGACAAGGACAUGGAGCAACUGAAAGACUUACAUGCUGCUGUUUAGAGUACAAACGGUACAAUCACUUUAUAUAAAUUGGCUUGGUGUUUCUUACUGAAAUUAAAGACCCACAUAACCUAUGACCCAGCAUAUCCACCAUCAGGUUUAUGUCCAACAGAAAUACCUGAGUAUGCCCCGACAGACGUAAAAAUGAAUGUUCACUGAAGCAUUAGAAGCAAGACCAAUAAAUUGGAUAAACAUUGGUUAUAUGUUCAUAAAAUGGAAUAAUAUUGAACAGUAAAAAUGAACAAAUUACGGCUACGUGCAACCACAAGGACAAAACUCACAGCAGGUCAACUGAAUAAGACCAAACAUAAAAGAAAACAUGCAGUGUGACCCCAUUUACAAGAAAUUAAACUCCCAGGAAAACUUUAGUGUUUAGAGAUGUAUACUGUUAAAAAUAACCAAAACUCACUGAAAUUUGAACAUGAGGUUUAUUCUGAGCAGUUAUUCUAUGUGCGUAUAGAUAGACCAUUUUUGAUUCCAGAAAAAGCAAAUGGCUUUAAGAAUCUAGGUAUAAUGGGGCUUAUAAAGAAAAGGGGGGGAGAAACAUAGAUGAACCAUUGGCUAAUCUUAACUUGAUGGAUCCAACCCUGCCUGUCUCCUUUACUGAGAUCAACUGAUGUCAGGUUACUUCUGGCCUGGUUCCUAAUAAUUUGGCCCUUCACCCACCUGUGGGAACCCUAUGGGGCCAUUCUGCUCUGUCCUAUAGGAUCUCUGUGAGUUGGAAUCCACUUGAGGGCAAUGAGGUUUUUUGAGAUUUAAAUUAGGAGACAAUGGUUUGACGACUAUCCUUUUCUAGAAGGAUAAGAUAAAUUUACAUUGCAAUUGAGCAGUUUCUGGCAGGCUUUUGCAGUUUGGGUCAGGCUGUUAAUAUUGGGUUUCAUGGAUAAGAAAAAUCUUAAAAUCAAAGAAAAGGUCUGUUAUUAAUUUUCCUAUUCAAUAAUACUUAAGGGAAAUCUAAAGAAUAUCAAAGUUCUACCCUGUCCUGUAGGGUCGUUAUGAGUCGGAAUCGACUGGACGGCAGUGGGUGGUUGGGUUGGGUAGACAGUUUUUUUUUUUUUUUAAGUAGCCUUUUUAAGGCAUGUUGGCAAUGUUCCAGGGCUUGAUCUGUUGGUGGUACAAAUUUUAUUAGAAUUUAUUAAUCUGUAUAUUUGUAUUUUAUAUACUUGUCGCAUUUCACAAUGUAAAGAUGAAAAAACAAAAAGGGACAAAAUAAAUACCUUAUUUCCCCAAGUAGCAAAAAUUAUGAGUUAAAUUUAGGAAAAAAAAAUCUCUUAAUAUGGAGGACUCUUAUGAGAACCAUACCCAAAAAACCAAACCUGUUGCCAUCGAGUCGAUUUCGACUCAUAGCGACCCUAUAGGACAGAGUAGAACUGCCCCAUAGAGUUUCCAAGGAGUGAUGGUGGAUUUGAACUGCUGAUCUUUUGGUUAGCAGCCGUAGCACUUAACCACUAUGCCACCAGGUUUCCUUUAUGAGAACAGUAGGAGUUAAUUUUUACAGAUAAAAGGUUCAAAUAUGCGGUUUUUAUUUAAAAAAAAAAAUUGUUUUCCUAAUUCUCAGACUUUUUUCUUUUACUGGAAAAAUAAAUGUAGAAAUAAACAUUUUGUGUCUGAUUAUACCUAAAAUUUACAAAUAAAUGUAGGAAAGUGUGUUCUUCUUCAGUUUGACUAUUCCCCAAACACCUAAUUAGUGCUACAAGCCAGCCAGCGGAAAGGAAGCUCAGGAGAAUGGGCAGAAGAACACAAGCCCCUAGCCAGACUGUGUUCCCCACAUCUAUGAAAAUUAAGGUCUCGAAGUGGUUUAGCAUUUUCUAUGAUACAGAGAGUAUUCAUCAAAUGAGAGGUGGAAGUUAAUUGACUCCCUACUUGCAGAGAUAUAUCUUAUUUUGCUUUAAAACAACAAUACUUGUUUCAGAUUUAUUAAGGCUAACUGUGAUGGUUAAGGGAACCCUGGUGGCAUAGUGGUUAAGAGCUACCGCUGCUAACCAAAAGGUAGGAAGUUCAAAUCCACCAGGCGCUCUUUGGAAACUCUAUGGGGCAGUUCUACUCUGUCCUAUAGGGUUGCUAUGAGUCAGAACUGACUCGACGGCAAUGGGUUUGGUUUGGAGACGGUUAAGGAGCCCUGGUGGUGCAGUGGUUAAACAGCUCGGCUAUUAACCAAAAGGUUGGCUGUUCGAAUCCACCAGCCGCUCCUUGGAAACCCUACCAGGCAGUUGUAUUCUGUCCUAUAGGGUUGCUAUGAUUCGGAAGUGACUCAGACAGCAACAGGUUUUUUUUUGAUAGUUGAGGUUGUGUGUCAACUUGGCUGGGCCAUGAUCCUCAGUGGUUUGGUAGUUAUGAUGUAGUUUGGCUUUUUAACGAUGUAAUCACCUUUAUAAUGAGAUCUGAUAUACUGCGUUCACUUCCCUGAUGAGAUCUGCUGUGAACAGCCAAUCAGUUGAAAGGGAGUUUCCUUGGGGGUGUGGCUUGUGUCCAAUAUAGGUGAGCUUUCUGAGAAGGCUCUCUGGCUUUUGCUUGCUCUGGAUCCUGCAGCUGGCUCCUGUUCAUCUGACCUCCAGUUUUGGGGACCUGCCAUCUUACCUGCCCAUCUUGGGAUUCAUCGGCCUCCACAGCUUGUGAGCCAGAGGCCUCCUAUCUGACCUUCCUGUCUUGGAUUCGCCAGCCCCUGUGACUAUGUGAGUCAAGAGAAGCCUUCAGCCUGACCCACGGACUUGGGACUUUCCAGCCUCUACAACCGAAAUCUGCUGUGCCCUUUAGGGAAGAGAACAACAUGUUGAAAUAGGUAUUUCAAGCAGUUGUCUGUUCCGCCCAUCUUGCUUUGUGUUUUUGGAUCGUAGUCACAUGUUACCAAUGAAGGACCAACUCAGGUUCAGGAGCACACGAAGAGAAAGACAGCUUAAAAAGCAGAAGCCAUCUGACCUCCAGUUUGGGACUUGAGCCAGCUGCUUACCGGCCAAUCUUGGGAUUUUGUCAGCUUCCGCAACCUAUGAGUCAGAGGCCUGCUGUUUGACCUGCCAAUCUUGAGUUCAUCAGCCCUACAGUCAUGUGAGUUGGGAGAAGCUUCCAGCCUGACCCAAAGACUUGGCAGUUUCCAGCCUCUGCACCUGGAGAUGUCAUCGUCCUUGGAAAGCCACGUGGGACCAAAGGGGUUGCCUAAAGGGCAGGAAGAGUUCAUUGUGCACCUUGGACCCAGCUAAGCCUUAAGGAAUUUCUGGCUGGUGGUCGGAGUGGAGAAGCCAAAAUAUCACAAGAUGAGCUGCCGCGCUGUGUUUCUUGGCCCUGCCAGACGUGGAGGUUCUGAGAGCCUCCCAAAGAAGCUGGUCUUUUGUAAGCCUUCCCAAUCUGGCUUUAUGUGGAAGCUGUGGAGACUGAGGGACUCAUUGUUCUAUCCCAGAUGAGCCUAAAGCUCUAGAGUCCUGCUUUAAGAAUAUAUCAGAAGAGAGAAGAUCAACAGCAGAAUCUUACUUUUCUUUGCCAUUAUUUAAUUUUCAGAAAGUAUAAACUUCCGAGAACCGUAACUCUUACCCUACUUUUCCAGGUAAAGGCAUGAUGCAUUUAAAAAUUUAGAACUUUGAAAUUCACUUGAUACAUCUUUGCUCUCAAUACUCCAGCCUCAUUUAUGAUGACCACCCUCUCUGGUCCUUCUUAGUGGGGAUCAGCUUCAUAUGAUUCCCCAAGGCAGGCUUGGUGGUUGAUACCUGAAGGAUCUGCAGCACAGUUGCUGCUAUAAUCUGCCUGAUGGAACCAGAGAGCCACGUUUUCCUCUGAUAUUUCCCAUAUGAUUUUCUACAGGCACAGUGUAUACAUGAUACUCUGUGAGAUGCUGAAGGCCUUCAGGUAUGGGCAGGUCGCAUGUCUGUCCUCGAAGAAUGUACAGUCUCAUAAUUUUGCUUGUGGUAACAUGAGUAUACAUUCUGUUCUACAUGCUGUGCGGGUAACUGGACUAUAUUUGCCAUCACAUAUAAUGAUAUUGGAAACCCUGGUGGCAUAGUGGUUAAGUGCUACAGCUGUGAACCAAAGGGUUGGCAGUUCGAAUCCGCCAGGUGCUCCUUGGAAACUCUAUGGGGCGGUUCUACUCUGUCCUAUAGAGUUGCUAUGAGUCGGAAUCGACUCGACGGCCCUGGGUUUUUUAUAAUGAUAUUACAGCUUUAAGACUUUAGGCUGAAAGUUAAUCAACCAUCAAUUAGACUGUUUAUACACAGCUACUAUGGCUUAUGGAAACCCUGGAGGAGUAGUGGUUAAGAGCUACGGUUGCUAGCCAAAAGGUGGGCAGUUCGAAUCCACCAGCCGCUCUUUGGAAACCCUAUGGGGCAGUUCUACUCUGUCCUGUAGGGUCACUAUGAGUCGGAAUCCACUCAGUGGCAACGGGUUUGGUUUGGUUGGUUUUGACUAUGAAUUACAUAGGAUGUCGAUUCUAAAAUAAAUGUGAAUAAAGUAUAUAAAAAAAACUAUACAGAAUAGUUUUUAUCCAAAAUGGCUACGAAAAGGAAAUUUUGUAAUUUUGCUUCUAAGGCAAUUCUGUAAUUUUUCUUCUCUCUACGAAAAUUAACCUAUUUGAUUGUAAUUGUACUUUCAUUGUCUUUUAAGUGUAAUCAUUCUACAUUUAAAGAUAAUUUCAUUAUGCUUCUCCAGUGACUGAUGCGAUCAAAGAGAUAGGUAUCUUGAUGCUUUAAAAAAGCUGGAAUAGUUGUCAUGUGCAUGAAAUCGGUAUAAUAUGUUGGUGAUUAGUACCCAUGCUUUACAUAAACCUGACAGUAAGGAAAAGGAUGUCGUUGUUGUUGCUAGUUGCAUGAGGACCCCAUGUGUGCAGAGUAGAACCUCUCUGUAGGCUUGUCUGAGAUCUUUCGGAAGCAGAUAGCCAGACCUGUCUUCCGAGGUACCUUUGGGUGGGCCAGAAAUUUUGGGGAGUCCCUGGAUAGUGCAAACAGUUAAGCACUGGACUACUAGCUGAGAGAAAAAAGAUAGACUUGAUAAAUUAGUUUUAAAAAUUAAACUCAACCUGUAAUGUGUUGAUCAGUGUUUAAUACACUUGAUAGCAGAUAAUUUUUCAUUUUGGAUGGGUAUUCCACGUUUCUUUGGAAACUGGCAUUUUACUAUUUAUUGACUCCAAAAUUAUCUCUAGAAGUUGAAAUUUGGAGGUAUGAAUGAGGUUAUAAAAGAUGAACUCUGUAUAUUUUAAAUGCUAAAGAAACAAUUUUUCUUCUUCCAUUUCAGCAUAAAAAUCUAUUUUUAACCAAGUUAAAACUUUUAUAGUAAACUUUUUCCCAAUAAAGUUCUUCAUUGUUUUAAAGAAUGUUCUAAAAUUACAAAGGCCCUAUCACCAACGGAUGGCAUGUAGUAUUUUCCCUUGAAAAUUAUUUCAUUGUUAGGUCCCUGGAGAAAAAUACAUAUUUUAGCCCCCUGUAAAAUUAAUACAUCAAGGGUACUUAAUUAAAGGAAGUGUAGUUUGAGUUUCUGAAUGCUUCGACAGUAGAAAUAUCCAAUAGGGAUUGAUUAAACAAAUUCUGGCACUUCCAUGUAGUGGAACACAAUGUAGCCAUGAAAAUGAUGCUAAAUAAUGAUGCUUAUCUUUAUUAGGAGAUCUUAGUUACGUUCAAUUUUUCUAAUGCAUUCGUGUCAAUGUGGUAUUGUUUACUGAUUCUCUAAGAAAAGUUUCUCACAAUGCUGAGUUUACAGAGGCCUUUGGAAAUUCUAGCAAAUGUAGCAUGUGGGGAGGAGAGGGGAACUCCCUUUACUACGUAGGUGGUAAAGUGACUCCGUUGAGAAAUUUUACUCAAGAGUGCCGAUUUCAAGAGUUUUACUUUCUACCCUGAGUUUAGUUUUCUAGAGAAAUGCAAUACUAAUAUGUUGCUACUAUUCUGUUACCAAUACCUCUAAUUACACCUAUUUCAAAUACUGACCAAAGAACAUUACAUCAGCCAGUUCUAUGUAGGCAAGGAAAAAUUUUUUUUCUCAAGUCACAUUUUAUAUACCAUCAUUCCUGUUUUAUCUUAAUUCUUCCUUUUCCAACCCCUGUUUUAUAUGCCCAGUCAAUGUUUUUAAAGCUCACUUGCCUUUAGAAGAGAAUAUCAAGGGAUUGAAACUUUCAAUUUCUUUCAGUUUUAAUUUUUCUUCUUCUCCUCCUUCUUCGUGUCCUCCUUCUUCUCUUUCUCCUCCUCCUCUCCUUCUCCUUCUCCUUCAGGUUCUCUUUUUCCUCCUUCUCUUCCUCCUCACGUCCUCCUUCUCCUCCUCCUUCAUGUCCCUCUUCACAUCCUCCUUCUCCUCUUUUACCUCUUCCUUCCUCUUCCUCUUCCUCUAACGAAGGACAGCUAAAAGUGGAGACUGAGAGAGAUGGGUUGUGAAGGAAGAUGGACGUACAGCUGAAAGGAAGAAAAAGGAAACAAAGAUGUCUUAUAUCAAGAGUAAGGAAAAAAACUGCUAACCUUUUGUUUGGGGGUUUCAUUGGGCUUCCUUGCAAUGCUAGACCAUUCUUAAUAAUAUUUUAAGUAAAAUGACAUUUGGAAAAGUUAAGGAUUCACAGCUGAAACUGAAACUUUUCUUUCUUAAGCCAAUUAGGUGGCUGAGAACUAGCUGUUAUACUCAGAUAACUCAGCCAGAAGAGAGACAGUACACUAAUAUUGUGUUGAGGAAGACUAAGGAUUUGAUUUCACUCUGCAUGAGGUUUACACUUCUACAUUGUGGCUCGGGUGAGCAGAAAUGUAAUGCUCUUUGGUUUCCCCAAAACUGGACCCAACUUGCUCAAAUCCUUAUUUCUGCUCUGUAAUGACAACCAGUCUUCACACUUGCAGGAAACUCGGUCUCUCCUAGCUUAAAACAGUCUCUUCCAGGUAAAUUGUUCAGUCAAUUCAGAGUUUAACAUAGAUGGUUAAGGUUCAACCUUCCACUCAGAGCUGUUUCCUUCUCAAGGGCUGACUCUUUCUUCUCCCCAGGGUUGUUGUUGUUAGCUGCCAUUGAACCAGCUCCCUGACUCCAUAAGACCCCAAACGCAAUGAAAAGAAAUGCUGUCCAGUCCUGUGCCAUCACCACGAUCAGUUGUAGAUUGUACGGUUGUGAUCCACAGGGCUUUCGUUGGCUGAUUUUUUUUUUUUUGGGAAGUAGACCUUCAGGCCUUUCUUCUUAGUCCAUCUUAGCUUGGAAGCUUUGCUGAAACCUGUUUGGUGUCACAGCAACACUCAGGCCUCCACUGACAGCAAGCGGUAGCUGCACAUGAGCCAUGUUGGUCAGGAAUCAAACAAGGUCUCCCAUACGAAAGGUGAGAACUCUACCACUGUAAUAAAACCUUCCCACCACCAAGGCAGAGGGAAGGAGCAUCUCUACCUGGUCCUCUCUGGCCUCUGCUCAGGAGUUGUACUCUUCUGUAGCUCCAUAUUUUGGCCUUUUCUCCUAGGGCAUCUGCUACUUCCUUAGGUCAUUCUCUUCUUCCUCUAGAUCCAGUGGAGGGAAGAUGCAAAGCAACAUGGAUAAUUUGGAGAAAAGAAAAAAAAAAAACCUGACAUAAAAUUUCCAAAUUUUAUCUUGCCAUAACUUAUUUUCGUUUAGUUAUUCCUUUCUGCAAAUAAGUGUUUUACAGAGAGAUGGCUCCUCUGUUGAGGGGAUGAUAGAAAUAUGACCUUAUUAUUUUCUCCUUUAAAUACCACCCAACACAUAAAUGCCACUAUUUCCUUCUAUAAAUAAUAACAAGGGCACAUUUUAUUUCCUAAUCGAAAAGUUCUGUAAGGUCUCCAAAAGCUGUUUAUAAUUUACAUUCCUCAUUUCAUAAAAAUGCAUAUGAAAAUGCAUAAGAAGCCCAUUAGUUUAUGCUCUAAAUAAUAUUUAUUAAGGCUUUACUAUAUCUCCAGUUGCUAGAGGAAAUUGUGGUAAAUUAGAACCUGCCCUUGUGGAGUUUACAGAAUAUUGGCAAGAAACAGUUGUUUGAAGACCUAUUAUAAUAAAAUAUGAUGACUGGUAUGACAGGGGAAAUAUAUGGGAUGAGAGAGUUUUUGGAAGGGGAGUGAGAUUCAGUUGGAAACUGAAAGAACAUUAAGGACAGAAAGAGAGAACAGCAUGUGAGAGACCUUUAGACUAGAAAGACUGUACUCUAAAAGAAACCAGCUGAGCUUAUCACAGCUAAGGAGUAUUCAUGGCCCAAAAUAAGGGUAGAGAAAAGCCCCCACUGAGCUUUAAGGGACGUUCUUAGGAUUUGGGGAUUUAUCUCAAGGACCACAGGAAGCCAUUUGUUGGUUUUAAGUAAAUAUUUAUUAAAAUGAUCAGUCUAGCUGGGAAAUAUAUUAGAGUGUACGGGACCCUGAGUGGAUAUGGGAAAUCAGCAAUUCAGAUGUCAGCUGCUGGCUGAGGCUGGGAAAAAAAAAAAAAAAAGACAGAUUUGGGAGACAUUAAAAAAGUCAGCUCGACAAGGCCUGGUGAUGGAUUAGAUAUGGGGGUGAUGAAAAGGGAAGAGUCAAUGAUGAUUCCUCAUUUAACCCUCAGGUGUAGACAUUUAAGGGGAUAUGGGACACACAAAAAAGGGGAGCAGGUCCGGAGUGAGAGAGGAGGAGUUUAAUUCAGGAUAUAUUUAGUAUGAAGAGUCUAUAGGGCACCUAUCUGGUAAUUUCCAGGAGACAAUGGACUAUACAGAACUGUUGUAUGUUGCCAUGAAGUUGGCUCCAACGAAUGGCGCCCCCAUGUGUAACAGAAGAAAAUGUCGCCCAGUUCUGCGCCAUCUUCAUGUUUGAGUCCAUUGUUAUGGCCAUUGCAUCACUCCAUCUCACUGAGGAUUUCCCUCACCCUCACUGGACCUCAACUGCACCAAAUGUGAUGUCCUUCUUCAGUGAUCGGUCCCUCCUGAUGACACAUCCGAAGUAAGUGAUUUGAAGUCUUGGGCAGUAUUCUACGCGAUGAAAAGGUCUGAGUUGGAAGUGCCUACUGCCACCAUCUAAAUACACUCAGAAAGAGAAGGGCUGACGUGGGCCAGAUUCGUAGAGGCCAUUUCUCUGAGGAUAGCCAGAGAAAAACCUGGAUAAACAUCGGGUUUGUCUUUCUGUUUGGCUUCCUGGCUUGAGCAAUCGUGGGGCCUGUGAAGGCGCUGCUUUAGCCCCAGUUGUGCUAUCAUUGCUCAAACACGGUGCCAAGAGUAUCUGCCAGUCAGCUUCAGCUGAGAUGUCUAUCGAGCCCUGCUCUUUCAUGGAUCUGAUGGCAGUCCUUCUGGCACUGCUGGGGGCUUUUAUUUCAGCGUAAUUAUUAGCAAGUCAACUAAAAUUUUAAGUGGGCUAUGCUGUCCACAAAUAGAAAUGAGGCUUGUUGCUGGGUGGGCUUCUUACUGAUAGUUCAGCCACGUAGAGUAACUCCUGAAACAACGUUGGUAUAAAUACAGUAAAAAAAAAAUGCGUCUCUCAGUACAGACAGUUCAGAACUGCCUUGGCUAUAUCAUGAUAGAUACAGCAUAGGAUUGGUUCUAAAUAGUCUCCUGAAAAAAAACAAAAAAAACCCAAACCCAUUGCUGACGAGUCGAUUCCGACUCAUAUCAACCCUAUAGAACAAAGUAGAACUAUCGCACGGAGUUUCCAAGAAGCGGCUGGUGGGUUUGAACUGCCGACCUUUUGAUUAGCAACUGAGCUCUUAACCACUACGCCACCAGGGCUCCAAAAGUCUCCUAAUUCCUAAUUUAUUUCAGGGUACUGGCUUAGAAUACUGGUGUCCUAAACGGAAAAUGAUCAAAUCUAAAUUAAUAUGAAUUUCACGAGGGCUUUUUAUGAGUGACCUUUUGCACAUGUGAAAUGCCUGCUUUGUUUUUGCAUUCGUAACAGCCUUUUUGAAUGAGAUUACAAACCGACUCUGUUCAUUGGGACCAGCCUCACCAUCAGGGGGCCUCUGAAGGACUGCAGUCUUCCAGCUAGACAUCCUAUCCUCACUUACUGCUGAGUCGCUGCAGUCUGAAAACAACGAGGCAAUUCAUUGUGCAAGCGUCCUCCACUGGGCAGAGAACAUCAGUCCCCAGCUGAAAUCUUCAAAUAAGGGAGCCUUUCAAAGUUUGUCUAAUCCUCUUUAACUCACGCACAAAAAGAACAGAGACCAUGUCCUGGCUGGGAGAGUGGAAUGGAAGAGAAGACAGCAGGAAGGGGAAACCGAAAACUGAUGUCUAUUUAUCUGAUUCUCCAAACUCAAAGCUAAAGCAAAUACCAGUCACGGGCAGAAGGAUGUCUUGUUCAAACAGCACGCAUGCUGGGUGGCUCUGGGGCUCUUGGCUGGAUUGGAACGGAGCGGAGGGAAGUCAUUGGGUGUCAACCUCUUCAUGGCUUAUCACGUUCAAAGUGGAUGAACCUGGCUGAGCAGCAGCCUGUUUCCAUGACAAGCUGUGACAGCUAACUGUGCUCUUUUAGCACCAUGAGAAUGAAGGCAUCACUGCCCUUGACUUUCAAGCCUUGAUGACUCAGUGUGCUGAAUCCUUACUCCUAGCGACUGGGAGGAGAAAACCUCAGCAGCCAGCCUUUUGAUUUGGAGGGCCCAGAACAAGGCAUUUACGUUUUCCAAGCACUUGUCUUCUCCUUAGUCUUGAAUCUUAAUGCUGCAGUGGCUUCUGAUUAGCUUCUUAUUGCCUAUUGCAUGUUUGUUCUUCCCCCCCAGACAGUGAACUCCUCCAGGAAAGGAAUGUGUGUUUUCUUGUGUGUGAUCUACUGUUUUAUUCUCAGUGUCUGGAACUUUGUAGGUGCUCAAUAAAUUGUUGCUGAGGGCCUGAAUGUUUGAAAAUGUCUCCUGCUCGUAGAAGCAACGAGAUAGCGACCCUUAAACAGAAGUUAACAACCUUUUGUUGGAAAUACCUUUUUUUUUUUUAUCCCUGUUUUCCUACUGACACUUCAACUAUUUCCCCAGGCCAGAUAGGAAAGAUAUCUCUUGUCAUUAUUAUUGUACGAGAACAAUUGUCUAAUGAACAAUAGUUUGGGACUUGUAAGUCCAAGUGCUUAUCAUAUUCACUCAGGGCUUUUUAAUCAACCAUCCUGAGAUGUAUUCUUACAUUUUUUAAAAUUGUACUUUAGAUGAAGAUUUACAGAGCAAAUUAGUUUCUCGUUAAACACAUAUUGUUUUGUGACACUGGUUGCCAACCCCAGGACGUGCUCAAUCUUGGAUUUCCCAUUUCCAGCUUUCCUGUCCCCUCCUGCCUUCUUGUCCUUGCCCCUGGGCUGUUGUGUUCAUUUAGUCUCAUUUUGUUUUAUGGGCCUGUCUAAUCUUUGGCUUUAAAGACCUCUUUAAAGUGUUAAAAAGCAAAGAUGUCACCUUGAAGACUAAGGUGUGCCUGACCCAAGCCAUGGUGUUUUCAAUUGCCUCAUACACAUGUGAAAGCUGGACAAUGAAUAAGGAACAAUGAAGAAGAAUUGACCCCUUUGAAUUAUAAUGUUGCUGAAGAAUAUUGAAUACACCAUAGGCUGCCAAAAGAAUAGAAAAAUCUGUCUUGGAAGAAGUACAGCCAGCAUGCUCCUUAGAAGCAAGGAUGGCGAAACUUUGUCUUGCUUACUUUGGACAUGUUAUCUGGAGGGACCAGUCCCUGGAGAAGGACAUUAUGCCUGGUAGAGGGUCAGCAAAAAAAGGAAGAUUCUCCGUGACAAGGAUGACACAGUGACUGCAACAAUGGGCUCAAACAUAAAAACGGUUGUGAGGGUGGUGCAGGGCCGGGCAGUGUUUCGUUCUGUUGUAUGUAGGGAUGCUAUGAGUUGGAAUCGACUUGAUGGCACCUAACAACAACAACAGCAAUCUUUGGCUGAAGGGUGAACCUCAGUAGUGACUUCAGUACUGAGCUAUUUGGGUGUCCGGGACUUAAACGUGUUAUUGCAGGAAUACCCUCACAGGUUCUCCUAAUCCUGUUUGUUUUACCUGUGAGGAAAAUGAGAUGCACAUAGGUAGAAUGCCUUGCUGAGAAUGAACUUGGGUCAGAGCCAAACUAGACCCCUGGGCUCACUCUUCCAGGGACUGUGACCUCAGAGUUCCUACCUUAUCAUUUCCAAAUGACUAACAAGCACAGAGGCAUUAAGUCCCCAUACUUCAUGCCAGGACAGAGCCAGGGCUGGGAAAACAGCAUAUGAAGUCCAAGUGCUACUGAGUACCCAGAAAACCCAGCUCUCUGCAUUUCCCCCAUGACUUCUAUAAAUGAUUCGCACAAAUAUUCUGUACGUCGUUCCCAUGAUGAAUUAGAAAACCAUAGAAUCUCAGGAUUGGGAGGAAUCUUAGAUUCCCAUCAGAUCCUUCUCUGCCUUGGCUAUUAUUAUACCUCCCACCCAGUGCCUGUCUAGGAACUCAUAGACAGAGUUCAUAAUAAUAAAAAUAAGUCUGUCAGAUCUAAUUAUUAGAAAUUUCAUUCCUUAGACCAAGCCUACAUCCCUGCAACUUUCACUUGUUGGUUCCAUUCAUAUCCACUGGCCUAGGGAGAACAGGUGUGAGGCCUCUUGAGUAUGCUGGUGCAACUGCUUUGUGAACGAAUAACAUCGUCUUCCUAAGUCAUCUCUCUCUGUCCACUGUAUUUUUAUAGUUAUAGGACUUGCAUGAUGAUUUAAAAAAGCUUCUAACUACCUGGAAAAUAACACAGAGAACAAAAUGUUGCAAAAUCAUACAAAUAGUAAUUAUUCACAACUUAAAUCCAAGACAACACGAAAGGUAAGAAAAAGUAAAUGGAAAUUAUUGUUUUCACAAGCAAGGUAUAGGGACCCUGGGAGUAGUAAAAAGCAAGGAUGUUAGAGAGAAUGGGUGAGAUGGGGAGUUUCUGAAGGGCUUGCUCAACUAACUAACUUUACACAGCCCUUUGGUGAUGACAGUCAUUUCUUUUUUAUCGUUUCUGAUGUGCAGAACUGCUAAGAUAAAAGCUACCAUUGAAAAUCUUCUCUAGAGCCUAGGCUUUUGUAAGACUUACUCAAAGCUUUGUGUGUGUGGAGACGGGCUACCACGUUGCAUCGGUUCUUUCAGGAAAUCGUGAGAUAAAAAAAGUUUGGGAUGACUGCAAAUGGUGGAGGAAACAAUCAAAAGAUUGACCAAAUUCAUGUAUGAAGUACUGAAAAUUGAAUGUUUGGACAGCAUCUCCAGUUUCCUGUGGUUUCAGAGACAGAACCCAAAAGCCCUAAUAUCCAUCUUUUGCUAGCCACUUAUUUUGUUAAAAUGACAGAAGUGCCUGAAAACUAGAAUUAGGAUGAGAGAGACACAGAAGUUCAUUCAAAUGUUGCUGACCAUACAAAUUGAGGGUUGAGUGACAGCCAAGAGAACAGAUCUGGGAAGUAGCGCAAGAAACAAGGCAUUAGGGAAAUCUAUACUUCUGUACUUUGGGAGAGAAAAUAAAGUAUAAAAAGUUAUAUGGAAGGGUAACUGUGUCCUUUCCUAAAUUGUGGACUUCUGUAACUGCUCUCAGAGCUUUUUGAAAGAUUUCUUUAUCCACCCUCCCUGCAAAGAGUCCAAAUAUAUGAUAACACAAGAAGCAUUAUUUGAAUUGUAUUUUUUUUUUAAUUCAAAAAUACAAUUAGAGUAGCCUGAAGAGAUAAGAUUGCUCUCAGUAGGGUAAAAAUGUAUUAGAUCAGUGCCCCUUUGGGGACUUUUCUUCAACAGGAGGAUUGUUUCCAGGCAGCCUGGUUACUGCUCCCAGAUGAGAGCUCCUUCUGAACAAAAAGGUUCCAUUUCCUUUCUGUUUGCCUCCUUGUGGUGUUUUGGGCUCUCUUUGGACUUUGACACUAAUUUUAAUCACAAAAAUGAAGAAAUGAUGAGGCUCACUGUAAAUAUGAUUCCAGGGUGAGGUAUAGCAUGUCCCCACCUGGUCCCUGGAAUUCUACUUGUGAAAACAAUCACACUCAAUUUGUGCAUGCAAUUCCCGUCAUGGCGUUCUCCGUUAUGGCAGACAUUACAGUUCACAUCUUUAGUUAACCUUGCUGAAGACAAUUCUCUCACUUUUAUAAAUGUCAGUUGUGUAAAUGGCAUGUCCACUGUCUGCACUAUAGCUUUUUUUUUUUUUUCCUUUGGCUACUUAUUUUCCCCCCUUUUUCUUUAUUUUUAAACUCUUGUGUGCCAUUGAACACUUUCGGUAGGCUACAGAAAUAAAGUCCGAUUGUAUCAGUGAGUAGAAGUCUGUGUUUCAACUCAUUCAGUAUUAUUGCUUUUCUAUGUUAAAAUUCAAUUAGUGAGAAACAUCCCAUAAUGUCCAAGUUGAUGUGCACGUAGUUCGGAUUAUGCCUUUUUGGCCAGCUGUCACCGAAGCAUCCUGAAAGUUUAGCUCAGGUCCAAGAACACCAAGAGUUGUGUUCAGUUUUACACCACCGGGAAAGCAACGGGGUGUGAAUACACUGGCCAUCUGGGUUUUGUGAAUUUGCCACAUUCUUGGCAAUUUACAAAUCCAGGGUUUUAGUUUGUCUGAAAAUAUUUGCUUUUUGGAUACUGUGACUAUAAAAUCUUCUCUCUGAGAAAUAAAAAAAUCCCACAAAAUUUGAAACAUGAAUAGGCUGUUUAGGCAAAGAAGAGGCACGUCAUUUAGCAGUGACUUCUGUCUGUCUGUGUGCAGUUAAUGUGUGUAUAUAAAAUGUGCUAACAUAGAGGGGGUUAGAAGCUGGCAAAAUGGACACGAAAAGAGAGAGUGGAGGGAGGGAGCAGGCUGUCUUAUUAGGUGGAGAGCAAUUGGGAGUAUGUAGCAAGGUGUGUGUAAGUUUUUGUGUGAGGGACUGACUUGAUUUGUAAACUCACUUAAAGCACAAUAAAAAUUCAAAAAAAAAAAAAAACCUUAAAAAAAACAUGCUAACAGAUGUGACGGCACUGUCGUCGGGCUGUGAUUGUUGUUGUUAGGUGCCAUCGAUUCUAUUUGACUCCAUGUGACAGAGUAGAGCUCCCCCGUAGGGUUUCCUAGGCUGUAAUCUUUAUGGGAGCAGAUCACCAGAUCUCUGGGUAGGUUCGAACUACAGACCUUUCCGUUAGCAGAUGAGCGCUUAUCCGUUGUGCUACCAGGACUCCUUGUGUGGUCAGCUAUCAGGAUUUUUUAACUUUUUUCAUGGCGGAUUUUAUUUCUGUAAUGGAGAGGCAUGUCAUAAAGUGAAAAGAACAUGAGCUUCCAAGUCAAGGGGACCUGGGUUUGGGGAGCUGGAUGACUUUGGUCAAAUUACUUACUUAGCCCUGCAGGCUCUGGUGGCACGUGGUUAAGAACUUGGCUGCUAAACAAAAGGUUGGCAGUUGAAAUCCACCACCUGUUCCUUGGAAACCCUAUGGGGCAGUUCUACUCUGUCAUAUAGGGUCGCUAUGAAUCGGAACCGAUUCAACAGCAAUGGGUUUAUGUCUGACAAGGGAGUCGUGGGGCUCCUUACCUGAAUGCCUAUUGGGGAAUGCUGAUGACAAUUUUGCUGCUUGCCUCUGUUUUUCAGUCUCAAAAACUUAAAAAAUAAUCUCUGUUCCCAUUUUGGGGAGAGGGUACUAUAUGAAGAGCUACGUGGUGGACAUUGAGAUGUGUCAUCUGAAUCACCCUCCAAGGAAGACUUUCUUCCUGCAGUUGCCAGCUUCUUCAGGGUUUGAUUCAUCUGCGGAGAGCCAGCUUCCCCAAGUGCAUGCUUUUUCUGGGCAGCAGACACUGAAUGAGGCAGGAUUACAAAGGCCCAGGCAUGUCAGGCAUCCCCAGCAUGGAUCACCUUUAAGGGGCCAUAUAGACCCUAGAGCUCGCCAUGGGACUUGUCCCUCUGUCCAAUCCUGCUUCCUGCUCUUCCCUUUCCAAAGGUGUUGGCGUCCAACAAAAACUCUGUCUGCCAAACUCCAUUUCAGUGUUAGCUUCUGGAGAAACGGGCCUGCAACAAGAGUGGAAGUGACAUUUUGAGAUCUAUGCUAUUCUGUGUGAGUUUGAGGGGGUUAUGAAAAAAAAUGGAAAAAAAAGCAGAGAAUUAAGAGAGAAUGCAUUAGCAAAUACAGAGAGACAGAUUUAUUUAUCAUAAUUGUGUGCAAUCUCGCACGUUGAUUGUUGGAUCUUUCAGCAACCCCUCAGUCAAAGCACUCGGACAAAUUAGGUACUGUUGAUACUUUCCCACUUUUCUUGUAACACCUCCCCUUUUACUGUCAAAUUAGCCAAUUUAAACAGCUAUGCUUUUUAAGAGCAUUGGAUUAAAAAUUACCAAAGGAAGCAGAAAAAAUAUUGUAAUAUGAAAAACUGGGAAGGAAUAUACGGAAUCCCAAGAAUGUGAAAGAAAUUGCAGAGAACAUUUUAAUUAAAUCAAGCGAAAUACAAGCUAUUUUGACAUGAAUGACCUAGUGGAGAUCAUAUGUUUUGGGGUAAACUUCGGUGAUGUCACGAUUUAAUUAGUGUCCACAGUGUGCAGGGCUGUUGUCAGAUGCAGCAAGAGUUGCAUCAAGGUGAGAUCAAGAGGGUUCUGCCCUUGGAUACAGGAUGAAACGAGGGAAUAUGUGAAAUUUCAAGUGCUCUGCUGUUCUAGAGAGACAGACAGACAGAGACAAGGAGAGAGACAGAGACAGAGAGACAGAGAUGACGUUUGUUUGAGGAAAAAAGAAAAGCUCCUGGGAGUCAAUAUACGAGCGAGAAAGUAUAAAAUAAGGUUUGCCAGUUGGAAUUGAAGGGGUAUAGACUCCAAGUCGGAAACCCUGGUGGAGUAGUGGUUAAGAGCUAUGUCUACUAACAAAAGGUUGGCAGUUCAAAUUCACCAGGCGCUCCUUGGAAACCCUAUGGGGCAGUUCUACUCUGCCCUGUAGGGUCACUAUGAGUCGGAAUCGACUGGAUGACAAUGGGUUUGGUUUUGGUUUUGGUGGACUCCAAGUCAAGGAAAUAGCAUAAGCAAUGGAGAGGAAGGUCUUGUGUGUUUUGCUUGACUUCACAUGGCUGAAGUUUCUCACCCAUAGAGAGAAAUCGUUGGACCAGUUUAGGGUUUUUCAUAUUGUGUCUCUUGAAGCACAGUUAACUCAUUCAGCACGUUGUUCUAAGCUAACUUGUUCAAGCACACUCCUUGGAAAAAGGACCUACAAUCUAUUAGUAUAUAUUUAAACUUCUUGUGAAUGUGCCUAGAUCAGGAAGGCCUGUUUUCUUUUCCUUUUUGGAAUGCAGGUCUCUGCUUGUUCUUUCAAAUAAAAAUAUCUGAGUGACUACACCUCCAAGCACAUGUAAGCCAAGUCCAAUUAGACUUUAGGUGGGCCACCGCUGCUCUGCUCUGCUCUGCGCAUGCACUCAUCGCCACCUGGCAGUACUUAUGCAAGAGCCAGCAAGUGGGUAGCACACCAAGUAGCUAUAACAUCUUUUACUCUUUUACCAGGUUUUAUCUGACAGUUUUGCCGAACUUCUUGUCUGACUUUUAUUUUCGUGAAAGAGAAUGAGAAGAUGUUGGAUGUUGUCAGUCGGAGCCCUGGUGGCACAGUGGCUAAGAGCUCUGCUGCUAACCAAAAGGUUGGCUGUUCGAAUCCACCAGCUGCUCCCUGGAAACCCUAUGGGGCAGUUCUCCAUCCUAUAGGGUCACUAUGAGUCGAAGUCGAUUUGUGCUUGGCUACUAACCAAAAGAUUGGCAGUUCAACUCUACCUCGUGGUGCUGCAAAAGAUUAUUGCCAUUGAAAACCCUAUGGAGUACAGUUCUCCUCUAACAUAUGUGAGUCACUGACUUGGUCAUCUAGUGCUGCCAUAACAGAAAUACCACAAGUGGAUGGCUUUAACAAAGAGAAAUUAAUUUUCUCACAGUCUAGUAGGUUACAAGCCCAAAUUCAGGGUGCUGGCUUUAGGGGAAGACUUUCUCUGUUGGCUCUGGAAGAAGGUCCUUGUCCUCAAUCUUCCCCUGGUCAAGGAGCUUCUCAGGCACAGGGACCCCGUGUCCAAAGGAUGUGCUCUGCUUCUGGUGCUGCUUUCUUGGUGGUAUGAGGUCCCCACCUCCCUUUCCUUUUAUCCCUUGAGGGAUAAAAGGUGGUGCAGGCCACACCCCAGGGAAACUCCCUUUACAUUGGAUGAGGGAGGUGACCUGAGUAAGGGUGGUGUUACAAUCCUACACUAAUCCUCUUGAGUGUAAAAUUAGAAUCACAAAAUGGAGGACAACCACACAAUACUGGGAAUCGUGGCCUAACCAAGUUGAUACAUAUUUUUGGGGGGGCACAAUUCGAUCCGUGACAAUCACCAUUUGUUGGAAUUGCCUGGACAGCAAUGAGUUUGUUAUUAUAUGUCUGGAACAGUAAUGAUAGUAUCUGCUAAGUAAACAUUUGUUGAAUGAAUGAUCCUUCAUCUAUAUUAAUUUCUAGUGGGAAUGGAAAAGAAAAGCUACAUACAUAAUGAUCAAGACUUUAGAGAUAUGUUAUUAAUGGAAAAUGAGCAAAAAGAAUCAGUAUAUAAAGGUUUCAAAAUACUUAAAUAUGAAAUAAGAAACAAAGCAAGUUCAGUAAGAACUUGAAAUUCUUGGGAUAUCUGAGAUACAGAUUCAUCUCUAAGAGAAGUUUUGGGUAUCUAUUUUCAAAUAAUAAAAAUUCGAAAAAUUCUUACUUCAGAGUAGACCUGAGUAAAAGAGAUGUGUCUACAAUGAGGAAUAAUGAAAUAUGAUUGCUAGCAUUUUAGUAUAAUGUAAACAGUAUUUUCCAGGAAGUCUAUUAGAAAAAAAAAAUAUGUAACAGAAUUAAUCAUCAGAGAAUAUCUAUAAAUUGAGGCAAUGAAACUCAAUAAAACCAUCAAUUUAUUAUAAGCAGUAUUUUUUCCCCCUUUAGGAGAAUUAACCUCUCCAAAAAGAGAGCAGGGCAAUUGGCAUAACAGAGUUUAUAAAGAAAAUGUUCUACAUUCUGCUUUAGUGAAUAGCAUCUGAGGUCUUAAAAGCCUGUGAGUGGCCAUCUAAGAUACUCCACUGGUCUCACCCCAUCUGAAACAAGGGAGAAUGAAGAAAACCAAAGACACAAGGGAAAGAUUAGCCCAAAGGGCUCAUGGACCACAACUAUCACAGCCUCCACCAGACUGAGUCCAUUACAACUAGAUGGUGCCAGGCUACCAUCACUGACUGCUGUGACAGGGAUAACAAUAGAGGGUCCUGGACAGAGCUGGAAAAAAAAAUGUAGAACAAAAUUCUAACUCACAAAAAAAGACCAGACUGACUGGCCUGAGACUGGAGAAGCCCCAAGAGUAUGGCCCCCAGACAACAUUUUAGCUGAGUAAUGAAGUCACUCCUGAGGUUCGCCCUUCAGCGGAGGGUUGGACAGGCCCAUUAAACAAAACGAGACUGAAGGGACAUACCGGCCCGGUGGCGGGGACCGGAGGACGGGAGAGGACAGGAAAGCUGGUAAUAGGCAACCCAGGAUCAAGAAGGGAGAGCACUGACAUGUCAUAGGGUUGGUAACCAAUGUCAUAAAACAAUAUGUGUACUGUUUAAUGAGAAGCUAGUUUGUUUUAUAAACCUUCAUCUAAAGUCCAAAAAAAAAAAAAAGAGAGAGAGAACAGGGAAGCAUGAUAGAAGGUAUAGAAAAAAUAUCUAUCACGUCUUUAAUACGUAACUAUAGAGCUUACAGCAGUGAGGAAUCCUCAAAAUUUAUCUGUUUCCAAGUCCAGCUUUUAACAAACAAAGCAGCUUUGUUCACAGUUAACAGAUGAGAUCACUAAAGUCUAGAAGAAGUUAGCGGCAGCUUUCCACUUCCACUUCUAGUUUGAGUUUUAGCUAGAAAACUUAUUGUUAAAAUGUGAUUGUCAAGAGACAUUAAGAAUAUCAGGAGAUGGUUCGCUUUAUUGUUUUGUCAACACUUACAAGGGUAUCGAACUUAAUGGUCGUUAAAUAAAGCAAGAUUUUCCCAGUGGUCAUCUGCCGUUUUGUGGAUGGAAGGGUAAUUCGACUUGCUCCAUCUUGCUCCAUCUCUUGCCCCCAUUUGUGUGUGACCUUGGUGGGACUUGGUGCCAGCCUCCCACAAUGGAUCCUCAAUGUGCCAGGUCUUCUCUCUCCUUGCCUAGGUGCAAGGAAGAUGGCACAGUUAAGGGCCCUUCCUGCCACCUGGCUCUUCAUAGCUCCCUGGUCUUUCUUGUUGACAAAGUCAAAGCCUCUGGCCGCUGCUUACUCUCCUGACCCCCACACUUAAUCAGCAAAUUCCCUUUUUCUUAAAUGAGUCAAAGUUUUUUUUGUUUUGUUUUGUUUUCCUGAUGCCUGCAACCAAGAACACUGAAAAUCAUAAUACUUAUUUGUGGAACAGACAGUGGUCAUCUCUUCAAAAUAACAGCAAGCAUUUAGACCCCACACAGUCUUCACUAAUAAUGUGAACCACUCUUUACAUUUCAUGAAUGAGGAAGCAGAAGCUUGAAGAGGUAAUGCUGGCCGCCCAACAUCAUACUGUUAGUCACGGCAAAACCUGGACCCAAACCCAGCUCUAAGGAGUUCGAGUCUAGUGCUUAUGCUGAUUCAUAAAUGUAGAAUUAAACUAGGGUCAUAUGUAUUAUGAGAAUUAUAGGUUUGAUUCUGGGCAGUGUUUUGGUUAGUAAGGUGACUGCCUCGUAUACCACCAACGCUUCCAGGUGUGCUUACCAAUCCAUAAAGCACAGGAAUAUGACAAAUCGCUUACUAAUAUUCACAAAUAAAAAAUGGCUAUGUCUCUAUUCAGAUAUCCAGGUCACAUGACUUCAAAAUAGUUACUAAAUUUGGGUGGAGACUGCCUUUUCAAGGCCCAUAUGCCAGAGUAUGAUUCAGUGGACCUUAGGAAAAAACCACGAUCAUUUGGGAUUUUAGAAACCAGUCACGUCCUUAGCUUGUACCCAACAGCUUUACAGCUUCUGCUGAAGCCUGUCGGCAGUCUUUUUCUUAAUUUGUUUUGUAAUUUAAAUGCUGUUAAGUUAUCAAAGGAGCAAUGGUAGAUCAAGAUACACAAAAAAUAAGGGGAAUGCUGCCUCUCCUUAAUUCAGUGGAAAAUGAGGGUGAGUAGAAGCUCCUCUGGGGGAAUGCAUUGAUUCAAUGAACUGUCUUAGCUAAAUUAAUCCCACAGAGAACCAAACACCAUCCAGUGCUCUGGAAAAAGUAACUUACUAAAUGGUGCUCUGGUCUCCCAACAGUAAAUAUAAUACAGGUAGGUAAACACACAUCCAUUAUAGAUCCCAAGAAGCUUUAUCUCGAUGGUUGCUUUUCUCUUAAUCUCGGUAUCUAGAGUUUUACUGUCCGAUGCAUCAGACUCAGAAGUUUAUAAAAAGUUCUCCUUAAAGCUGUCCACACAAUUGAAUAAAUAACUUCAUCCAGUUUCUUACUAAGUACCUUUCCCAAACUUCUAUUCUAUAUCCAUCAAAAGAUCAGGUACUUUUUUCAGGGGGAUUUUCUUCAGUGGAUUAAGUGGAAAAGAAGAACGUAUCCAUAAGAUGACUUGAAAAUUCAGGCCGUGACUUUGAAUUUGUACGGACUUAAACAUAGUGCCCUAGAGAAAUACAAUGAGUAACAUGUCCUAACGUAAACAGUGGUUUCAUUGGAAAUUAAAAUUAAAAAAGUAAUAUUUACAGUAGCAUCAAAAAUAUAAAAUACUCAGGGAUGAAUUGGAUGAAAGAUAUAAAAGAUCUGUGCAUUAAAACUACAAAUCGUUGCUCAGAGAAAUUGAGGAAAACCUAAAUAAAUUGAAGGAUAUUCUUUGUUCACUGGUUGGACUCAUUAUUGUUAAGAUAUCAAUUCUUUCCAAAUAGAUCAAUAGUCAAUGCAGUCCCUAUCAAAAUACCAGUAGGCCUAUUUGUAGCAAUUGACAAACUGAUUCUAAAUUUAAUACGGAAAUGCAAAAGACUUAGAAAGGUUAGAACAACUUUGAAAAAAAAAAUGGACAAAGUUGGAAAAUUAACACUAUGUGGUUUCAGGACUAAUUAUAAUAACAAUUAAGUGAUUAUUAUAGUAGUUAAGAUGAUGUGACAUUGAUGUCAAGAUAGCCAAAAAGGCAAAAGAAAAGAAUAGAGUCCAGAAAUAAACCCAUAUAUGGGUGGACACUGGUUUUCAAUAAAAAUUUAAAGGAAAUUUUCAAUGGAAAAUGAUAGUCUUUUUCAACAAAUGGUGUCCAAAAAUUAGCUACCUAAAAAAAAAAAAAAAAAAAAAAUUUUUUUUUUUUUUUAAUCUAUAUAUCUCUCCAUGUAUACCGUUGCUGUCAAGUUGAUUCAGACUUAUUGCACCCCUAAAGGGCAGAAUAGAACUGCCCCAUAGGGUUUCCAAGGAGCGGUUCCAGUGGAUUUGAACUGCCGAAGUUUUGGUUAGCAUCUGAGCUCUUAGCCUCCGUGCCACCAGGGCUCAUAUCUAUAUUUAUGUAUAUGUACAUAUAUACAUAUAUUUGGUCUACAUAUUAUACCAUGUAAAAAAUUGAACUAGAACUGGAUAUUAAAUCUAAAUGUAAAACAUAAAUGUAUAAAAGUUCUAGUUGAGUACCUUUGUGACUUUAGGUUAGGCAAAGAUUUCUUAGAUACAACACCAAAAGUACAAUCCUAAAAAAAAAAAAGGAUAAAUUGGACUUCUGCUCUUCCAAAGAUAUUGUUAAGUGAAUGAAAAGAUAAGACACAGACUGGAAAAAAAUAUAUGCAAAGUAUAUAUCUGAUAAAAAAUACUUGUAUCCAGAACAUAUACAUAAAGUUAAAGACCUAGUAAUAAAAAAUAAACAACUCAACUUGAAAAAUGGGUGAAAGAGUUGGACAGUCACUUCACCAAGAAGAUUUGAUUUAUGGAGGAUAAAUAAACACACAAAGAGAUGCUCACCAUCAUUUAACAUUAGGAAAUGCAAACCAAGACCUCAAUGAGAUACCACUGAACACCUGGAAAGCUAGCCAAAAUUAAAAAGAAUGACUAUGCCAAAUAAUGGUGAGGAUAUAAGUAACUGGGACUCUCUCUCAAUGCACUGCUGGUGGGUAUGUAAAGUGGUACAACCACUAAAACUAAGGGAAAAAUACAGAAAACUAUUGAGAGCUUCCUAUACUCAUCCCUGCAUACAUACACUCCUCCUGAAUUCAGUUGCCUACCCUCCACUCCAUUAUCUGUGGCAGAGUGUAUUUCUAAAAUAUUGAUUGACUAACCACUUGGCUUUAAAAGUCUUUGAGUUGAUAUACUUAUUUAGUGCCUACUAUGUGUAACCUGUUGAAGUCCUGGUGGUGGACUGGUUGAUAACUAUGGCUGCUAACCAAACGGUCAGCAGUUUGAAUCCACCAGCUCCUCCUUGGAAACCCUAUGGGGCAGUUCUACUCCGUCCUAUAGGGUUACUAUGAGUCUGAAUCAACUCGAUGGCAAUGGGACAGGAUGUGUAACAUGGAGCCCUGGUGGUGCAGUGGUGAAGAGCUCGGCUACUAAUCAAAAGGUUGGCAGUUUGAGUACACCAGCCACUCCUUGGAAACCCUAUGGGGCAGGUCUACUCUGUCCUAUAGGGUUACUAUGAUUUGGAAUCGACUCGAAGGCAGUGGAUAUGUGUAACAUUCUCAAACUUCCAGCAGUUGGUGAAAAAUACAAAUUAUACCGUGCCAAGUUGCUUAUUUUUAUUUCAAUUUCCUAGAUUGUGGCUUGUGAGUGAAUCUACCACAAAUUAGUUAAAACCCCAAAUCAAUUCAUUGGGAACCAGCAGACUGAGUUCAUACCUUUUAAAGCCCCACUUUUUUAUUUUUCAAACAAAGUUAUUAGUAUAUAUUAACUAUUGUAGCUGAUAACUUUGAGAAUUUGUGCUUCUGUGAAAAUUUCUAGUAUAGUUGCCCAUUAUUGCAGAUAGAAAAGCUUUUGAUGGAUCAGGAAGAUUCACAUUGAGGUCUCUCUUAAAUUUUUAACCAAUUUUAGUCUCUCAGAUUUAAAAAAACAAAACAAACCUUCAAUCGAAUACUUCAGAAUGAGUCAAAUUUCUUCAAGUUUUCUUCUUUUUACCGCCCAUUCUUCCUUCUAUUAAAGACCCCAUUACUCGGUUCUCCCUUUAUACGUUCAGCUUAGGAUACCAACCAGGCUCAAUUAUUUUCAUAUCUAGCUAGACUACCCCCUUCUCCUUCACUACUUUAGUCAAUUUUGCAACAUCAUCAUUUCCCUUGUACCCCUUGUCCUUCUCUAUACCUCACCUACCUGUCCCUAAUUUUAAAUCAAUCCAAUUAUCUUAGAUGCCCAAGUCCCACUGGAGAAACUACACUGCCAUGCAGACAGGCACCGCUCCACAUGCCCAGUCACAGCUGCCUCCAGCCCACCUGGCCAACCAGUUAUUGUAGUUAGUUGCUCCCGUCCCUCACAAUGGCAAGUCAAAACCAUUGGCAACCUGUUGAGUUCUCUUUCUCCUGCUGCCCCAGCACCCAACUCUCUUUAUGUGGAAGGGGUAUCAGCAAUGUUGGGGUGUAUAUGACUUCAAUUCAGGAUCAAAUAUUUGAAUUGGUAUCAUCUGAGAGUUUCCUGGGCUUCAUCAUUGGAAGCGUGCUGUAGAAGCUACACCAAGACAUUGGGACAAAGGAGAGCAAGGAGCAGGGUAUGACCAUAGGGGAGAGGAGUGUGGUCAACUAUCUGGGGAAAUUAGGUAGAUGUAACCUUCAAUAUUAGCUUCGAAGUGGAGCUAGUGUUAAAGCAGACCGUGGUCUUUUCCGGUGAGGGAGACAGGAAGACGAAGGCAAGGAAGUGACAAGAAGUUCAGAGUAGCUGUAGCAGAGGGCAUGUGAGAUGUGGGAAACACAGGGAAACCAUGGGAAGAGAUAAGGCUGGAGCUGCAGGUGCGGCCACAUUUUGAAGCCUCUUUUAUGCCAGGUUCAGAUGUUUUUACUUUAUCUUAGAGUAAUGGCUGUUAAGGAAAAAUUAAGAAGGGUGCAUGAUAAAUUUCUUGCUAAGGGUAGUAACAGAUGAGAGUAGACUGAUAGGAUGGGAGGUUGGUGGGGAGGAGUAGGGCUGGCUACAUGGGCAUGUGGCCUGUGCAGUCACCCAGGGCCCAGCACUGUGUGCUCAGAAGGGCCUCCUGUGGCUGUAAUGUAAUUCUUCAUAAUCAUUUUAGCUUUGAACAAUAGGACAUGUACUGGGGGCCUGCAAACUUGCCUCACAUGCAUUGGACUACUGCCACCUCUCUGCCUCCCCCAGGCUGCCUACUUCCAUGGUUCCUGGCACCUUGGGUAUCACCAGCUCUUCCCUUCUCCAUCCUUAUCCCAGUUGGUGCUGUAGUCAGUCAGGUGGUGACCUGAGCAAGAACACAGGACGGGUGAGGGGCAUGUGUGAACACCUCACAGCAUCUUAGGGUGGGAAAAGGGCAGAAUCCUGGGCAACUCAGUGGGCUUGAGUCUCUCCUUUAUCCCAUUCCAGGUACCAAGCAGGUCCCAUAAUGGUGGUUGUACCUCUUGAAGGUCACCAUUCAUCGUAGGUUGAGAUGACAGCCCUGUAGGAAGGGGAGAUGCCUAGCUCAACAUUCCUGCCCGUGGCCAGAGCACAAUACUUAUUGCAAUGUGGCACAGGCCCUGCAGUUGGUGGAAGGAGCAACCCAGAAGCUGAUGGACCAGCAAAUAAGUACUGUGAGGAGGUAGUCCUUCAGGCAAGCCUUGCGGCUGUGGUCUUCCCUAUACCUCCCCCUGAUCGCAUCUUUGGGCUUCAGGAACAAACCGUCUCACACCUCCUCCAGGCCUAAUGGUUUGUCUAAAUGUCAGCAGGAUAAAGGAGAUAUAAUUCUGGGUGAGGCUCCAAGAUGUCUGAACAACCCCUGCUAGGGUGACUAGGUGAGAAAAUUCUCCAUGUAAUGGGUCACAUAGGCUGGGGAUAUAACAUAGCCUAGGGAGAGAUUUUUCUCUGUCUCUUCGGCUAUGGUGCUCGUGGGAUACAUGUAACAUUAGCCUUACAGUCACCUAAGUGGACCUACGUAGCCAGGGCAAGACCAGCAGAAGGUAGGCUCCUACUGUGUGCUGCAAUCAUGAUGCCAAGUGAAGGGCUUAAGUAAAAGAGUCCUUUGUAUUCACUGGGACAAUUUCCAGAAGCCAGGGGAAUGGGCGUGCUAUAUAACUGUCCCAGUUAAGUCCCUCUCACGACUUAAAGUGGGGUGUGCACGGAAGUUUUCCAAUCUCACCCCCACAGUUUAUGAGCCAGGGGGGCUUCUCAUCUGUUGUAUACCAUCUGCUUCUUAUUGUAAGUAAUGAAAGAUACUUUCCAUGUGCUAAUGUGUGUCCAGGCUCCUACCUGAAGGGCACGAUGUUUAUGGAGAAAUCCAUAUUAGUUAUUAGUUCCCUUUUUCUAAUGGCCUCCUGGCUAUCUAGAAAUUGGGGGCCACCUGUGAUUACCAUGCGGAUUUGGGGUGCUGCAUCUCACAUACUUACCUAGUUGUGGGUGGGUGCUCCAGCACCUUUUAAAUCCUGUGCCAAGGGAACAUGACAUGAAAUAGCAAAUAUAACCCAUCAGGAUAGUGAGAAAGCAAGAGAGAGAAAUGAUUUUUAUUUUAUGAUACUUUAGUACCUUUUAAAGGCACAUUUUGCACCGGGCCCCAUAAAUUAUUUAGGCAGCGCUGACAGGAAACUAGCUGUACUAUUAUUGGGGUCCAGGCAGGAGCCUGGGGUGUGAGAAAUGGAAUGAUUUUUUUCUCAUUCCCCAUUAGGUCGACUGAAUUCCGCGGGCUCCUAAAUGACUUGAUACUUCAAAAGCAACUUUAUGCAUUAUAUUUAGAAGUUUCUUUUUAGUCAGUUUCACUUUCUUCCACUUAAUGAGCAGGAGAUUAUCUUUCUGAUGAAGUAAGAAACCCCGAAGGUGACAAAAUAAUGGGCCCUUGAUCAAUGCUUAUUGAAUAACAGAAGAGUAAGAACAGCAAACGACCUCGCUGAGAUGUGUGUGCGUUUGUGUGUUGUUUUAACAGAAGCCAUAUAGCUUCUGAUAUUAAAAAAUAAAAAGAAGUUGCCACCAAGUUGAUUCAAACUCAUGGCAACCUCAUUUGUGUCCGAGUAGAACUGUGCUCCAAGGGGUUUUCAAUGACUUAUUUUUCUAAUGUAGAUCACCAGACCUUUCCUCUGUGGCACCUUUAUGUGGAUUGAGCCUCCAACCUUUGGUUUAUCAGCUGAGUCUUUACGGUUUGUGCCAACCAGAGAGUCUUCUGAUACGAAAAAUGUAUGCGAUCUUACAAAGAGUUGAUAGAGCUGUGGAAGCCUCCUGUCUUAGUCUGGGUUCUCCAGAGGAGGAAAACCAGUGAACUGUGUGUUUAUUUAUAAGACUACUUCAACGAAAUGGCUUACACAAUUGUGGGGGCUGGCAGUUCCCAAAUCUGUGAGUCAGGUGGUAGGCUGAAGACUUCUGCUGGCUUAUGUGGUUGCAGGGGAUGACGAACCCAAAAUCUGCAGGUCAGGUGGCAGGUUGGAGGCUUCUGUUGGCUCAUAGGGUGACAGGGGCUGACGAACCCGAAAUCUGCAGGUCAGGUGGCAGGUUGGAGGCGUCUGCUGGCUCACAGGGUGGUGGGGGCUGGAGAAUCCAAAUUCUGCAGGUCAGGCGGCAGGUUGAGGCUUAUGCUGGCUUAUGUGGUUGUAGGGGAUGACGAACCCAAAAUCUGCAGGUCAGGUGGUAGGUUGGAGGCUUUUCCUGGCGCAUAGGGUGGCAGGGGCUGACGAACCCAAAAUCUGCAGGUCAGGAGGCAGGUUGAGGCUUCUGCUGGCUCAUAGGAUGGCAGGGGCUGACGAACCCAAAAUCUGCAGGUCAGGCGGCAGGUUGGAGGCGUCUGCUGGCUCACAGGGUGGUGGGGGCUGGAAAAUCCAAAAUCUGCAGGUCAGGUGGCAGGUUGGAGGCGUCUGCUGGCUCACAGGGUGGUGGGGGCUGGAGAGUCCAAAUUCUGCAGGUCAGGUGGCAGGUUGGAGGCGUCUCCUGGCUCACAGGGUGGUGGGGGCUGGAGAGUCCAAAUUCUGCAGGUCAGGCAGCAGGUUGGAGGCGUCUGCUGGCUCACAGGGUGGUGGGGGCUGGAGAGUCCAAAUUCUGCAGGUCAGGCGGCAGGUUGGAGGCGUCUGCUGGCUCACAGGGUGGUGGGGGCUGGAGAGUCCAAAAUCUGCAGGUCAGGCGGCAGGUUGGAGGCGUCUGCUGGCUCACAGGGUGGUGGGGGCUGGAGAGUCCAAAUUCUGCAGGUCAGGUGGCAGGUUGGAGGCGUCUGCUGGCUCACAGGGUGGUGGGGGCUGGAGAGUCCAAAUUCUGCAGGUCAGGCGGCAGAUUGGAGGCGUCUGCUGGCUCACAGGGUGGUGGGGGCUGGAGAGUCCAAAAUCUGCAGGUCAGGCGGCAGGUUGGAGGCGUCUGCUGGCUCACAGGGUGGUGGGGGCUGGAGAGUCCAAAAUCUGCAGGUCAGGCGGCAGGUUGGAGGCCUCUGCUGGCUCACAGGGUGGUGGGGGCUGGAGAAUCCAAAAUCUGCAGGUCAGGCAGCAGGUUGGAGGCGUCUGCUGGCUCACAGGGUGGUGGGGGCUGGAGAGUCCAAAUUCUGCAGGUCAGGCGGCAGGUUGGAGGCGUCUGCUGGCUCACAGGGUGGUGGGGGCUGGAGAAUCCAAAUUCUGCAGGUCAGGUAGCAGGUUGGAGGCUUCUGCUGGCUCAUAGGGUGGCAGGGGCUGACGAACCCAAAAUCUGCAGGUCAGGCGGCAGGUUGGAGGUGUCUGCUGGCUCACAGGGUGGUGGGGGCUGGAGAGUCCAAAUUCUGCAGGUCAGGUGGCAGGUUGGAGGCGUCUGCUGGCUCACAGGGUGGUGGGGGCUGGAGAAUCCAAAUUCUGCAGGUCAGGUAGCAGGUUGGAGGCUUCUGCUGGCUCAUAGGGUGGCAGGGGCUGACGAACCCAAAAUCUGCAGGUCAGGUGGUAGGUUGGAGGCCUUUGCUGGCGCAUAGGGUGGCAGGGGCUGACGAACCCAAAAUCUGCAGGUCAGGAGGCAGGUUGAGGCUUCUGCUGGCUCAUAGGAUGGCAGGGGCUGACGAACCCAAAAUCUGCAGGUCAGGCGGCAGGUUGGAGGCGUCUGCUGGCUCACAGGGUGGUGGGGGCUGGAGAAUCCAAAUUCUGCAGGUCAGGUAGCAAGUUGGAGGCUUCUGCUGGCUCAUAGGGUGGCAGGGGCUGACGAACCCAAAAUCUGCAGGUCAGGUGGUAGGUUGGAGGCCUUUGCUGGCGCAUAGGGUGGCAGGGGCUGACGAACCCAAAAUCUGCAGGUCAGGAGGCAGGUUGAGGCUUCUGCUGGCUCAUAGGAUGGCAGGGGCUGACGAACCCAAAAUCUGCAGGUCAGGCGGCAGGUUGGAGGUGUCUGCUGGCUCACAGGGUGGUGGGGGCUGGAGAGUCCAAAUUCUGCAGGUCAGGUGGCAGGUUGGAGGCGUCUGCUGGCUCACAGGGUGGUGGGGGCUGGAGAAUCCAAAAUCUGCAGGUCAGGUAGCAGGUUGGAGGCUUCUGCUGGCUCAUAGGGUGGCAGGGGCUGACGAACCCAAAAUCUGCAGGUCAGGCGGCAGGUUGGAGGCGUCUGCUGGCUCACAGGGUGGUGGGGGCUGGGGAGUCCAAAUUCUGCAGGUCAGGCGGCAGGUUGGAGGCGUCUGCUGGCUCACAGGGUGGUGGGGGCUGGAGAGUCCAAAUUCUGCAGGUCAGGCGGCAGGUUGGAGGCGUCUGCUGGCUCACACGGUGGUGGGGGCUGGAGAAUCCAAAUUCUGCAGGUCAGGUAGCAGGUUGGAGGCUUCUGCUGGCUCAUAGGGUGGCAGGGGCUGACGAACCCAAAAUUUGCAGGUCAGGUGGCAGGUUGGAGGCGUCUGCUGGCUCACAGGGUGGUGGGGGCUGGAGAGUCCAAAUUCUGCAGGUCAGGCAGCAGGUUGGAGGCGUCUGCUGGCUCACAGGGUGGUGGGGGCUGGAGAGUCCAAAUUCUGCAGGUCAGGUGGCAGGUUGGAGGCGUCUGCUGGCUCACAGGGUGGUGGGGGCUGGAGAGUCCAAAUUCUGCAGGUCAGGCAGCAGGUUGGAGGCGUCUGCUGGCUCACAGGGUGGUGGGAGCUGGAGAAUCCAAAAUCUGCAGGUCAGGCAGCAGGUUGGAGGCGUGUGCUGGCUCACAGGAUGAUGGGGGCUGGAGAACCCGAAAUCUGCAGGUCAGGUGGUAGGCUGAAAACUUCCGCAGGUUUAUGUCCUAGGAACCGGUGUUAAGGCAACAAGGAGAGCGCAGAGUAGAGAGAGAGCAAGAAUGGGGGAGAGGGAAUGAGAGCCUCACUGGGCCAUUCACUUAUAUACUGGAGGCAGGCUGCACCGCUAAGAAAGCUUGUCUUUCGACUUAUUCAUCACAGCAGAUCGCAUCAUGGAGGUGAUUACGUUAUAGUUCAUUACGGCAGAGCAAUCAGUCCAAUGCCUGCCAAGCCACCGAGACUCAUGGCCUAGCCCAGCUGACACAUAACAGUAACCAUCAUACCUCCAAAGACCCACCUUCUACGUGCUGAAAGCCCUUGUCCUGUCCUUGUUCUGAAGGCUGUUACCCGAUAACAGCGGAGAAGCUUGGAUAAUUAAGAAGUUAAGGAUAAAGCUUCAGCCCUUAUUCUUGCGUUUUAAUACACAAAGUACACAUAUCUUUCAAAAAAAAAAAAAAAGAAGAAGCUGACAACUGAACAGCUUCUAGGAGGUAAAGAUCUGCUGCCUUUAUUUUCCCCCAAGAAAUAACAGCCUGAAGAGAGAAAAUAAAGAGUUUUUAGUUCUUCUGAGAUAAAACUUUCAUUUUUCUUUUUUCGGUUUGGGAUAAUGAUUAUUUUCUCCCCUGUUACCUAAAACCUUAAGUACUUAAGAUAUUGCCUCAGCGACGAGUGUAACAUACUUUGACAAAACGAUGUCUUAACAGAUUCUCGGAAGCCUUAUUGCCACAUGGUAUAAUUGAGUUCCUGCUGAACUGGACCAAAAGGAUCACAGAAGGAUCUUCUGUGAGUAGUAGUCACUGAGGUCAGUGUUAUUAAAAAAUUUAAUGUAGUUGGAGGAAUAAGAGAAAAACACAAAGAGGACCCAGAAAAGGGCGUUUGCAGGCAAAUUUUAUUGGAAUUUUUCAGGCUAAAGAGAAUUGGGUGAAGCUUGAAAACAAUCUAGACAAUGAAAUCAAAGUACUGGGCAGGUUUUAACCCUAAGGAGAAAUGGGAAAGUUGUGGACGGAUCGCUACAGAGACUAAGCGGUGUCUCCAGGUUCUGGUUAUAUGUGUUUCUGAAUCUCAGCACGCCUGGCUCCUGAAUUUUAAGCCACUUCAGACAAAACAUAGGAAAGGGAAUGCCUGCCAUGGAUCCCUAAGGCAAAGUCAGGGCAGUGGAUAUGGGAUAUCCGUGUAUGGGUUUUGGAGUUAGCUGAGGGGUGAGACCCAUUUCUGCCUCUUUAUUUGCUCUGUGACUCUGGACAAAUUCUUAACCUCUCCAAGCCUCCAUUUCCUUGUCUGUGAAAAAGGACUGCAAAGAAUGUACCUGGCUCAUAAAAUUGUUGUAAGGGUUAGAAAUACCGCACGUAAAGUUAGACUUGGCACAGUGCCCGGCAGGACUGGCGCACUAUUAUUACCUGUUUUUACAAACAGCAAGAAUUGGUGAGAAAAAUCUCAAAAUUGCCUGGGUUAUCUUGGAACUGAAAUUGGGUACAGGUUUUGCAUCCGUCGACUGGAUGGUCUAGAACGAAGUACUUCCGCUUUUGUUCACUGGUGGCAGCUACAGCUCCUUCUGAACAUGUUUUUGCUGUAAAAAUCAAGCAAAAAUGUGCAAGUUUCUUUUUCUUUGAAUUUCUUUGUGUGUGUGUAUGUGUGCGUGCGCUUAGGGAAAGGAUAUAUCUACAAGUAUUUCUGACAUCCAUUAAAUGCAUAGACAUUUAUUUAUCUUACAGGUAGUACCAAAUCUAAUGGUGGUGCUCUCAAGCCAGUGAUAACCCAGUGCGUUGGAAUGAUAGGACUUUUUUUUUUUGUUUGAAAGGUAGAAGGAUUAGCUUACAAAUAUUUAAAUGAGCUUCAACUUCACCAAAGUUCAGGUCCCUGAGGUAAGCUCUUUCUUGUGUUUUACCUUGAAAGUCUUCUCCAAUGAUGCACUUGAAAUCUUUACUUUAUGUUAAAAGCCACCCCUAAUGGGUCUGAUUGUAAAAGAAGCUGGGGUUAGCUAUUUCUGUCAAGGAGCAGGGUAGAAUUGAAAGUUAUUUGUAAAAGGAAAUGAAACGAUUCCAUGUAAUCGCUGUUUUGCUAUGUAGACAUGGUGAAAUAAAAAAUAAAAUAGAAACUUUGUAAUUUGAGAAAGAAUGGUCUCUUCAGAGCAUGGAAAUCUUUAUUUCGUUCUUUUCGAUGUUAUUAUUAAAGUGGAAGUUGCAAAAUCCUGCAAAGCGGACGUGUUAACUGAUGUUUACAUCAAUACCUACAAGUGACCAGGAGCAUCCCUUCAUGUACAAUAAAGGCAAAACAAACAAACAAACAAAUCCUUUUCAUCUGCUCUGGUGAUAUUGACUAGCAGAGAGGGGUCUCAUGUUAUAUUUAUAUAGUAUUUUCUAAAUUACUUAUGGUUUAAAAAAAAAAAAUCGAUUCUUCUUUUCUCCCUGUGAUGAAAGCGGCUGUUGUUUUCUUUGACUAAAAGGUGUAUGUGUUUAUUGCUGACGACUUCGUAAACACAGAGCUGAGGGCUGCAAUCCAUCUUCAUGGAAGACACCAGGCUCAGGCUUUAUCGUAUUUAAACCAAGUGCCAAAGCUGACCUCACCGUCUUUGUUCACACAGGGCUGCAGCUGGACGAAGUGUGGGUGGGGCAUGUGCCCUAAGUCCAUGCUCAGCAUCAGGGUCACAGCAAAGGGGGCUCUGACAGGAUUCCAUUGUGACCUCAUUCUGGAGCUAAGGCAACAAUUCUCUAGCAGGCUCAGGCUUGGUGCACGUUGCACUGGUGCCCACUCCUCUACUCCCCAGAGAGGUCCUACAUUGCACUGGUGCCCACUCCCAACCUUCCCAGAGAGGUCCUACAUUGCACUGGUGCCCACUCCUCUACUCCCCAGAGAGGUCCCACAUUGCACUGGUGCCCACUCCUCUACUCCCCAGAGAGGUCCCACAUUGCACUGGUGCCCACUCCUCUACUCCCCAGAGAGGUCCCACAUUGCACUGGUGCCCACUCCCAACC